GUAUGUGUGUAAGCUGCGAGGCAGCAGCGUGUGUGAGAACCACACGGUUUCAGUCGGCUUAAAGGAACUGCCUCAGUGGCUGAGUGAGAGUGAGGAGUGUGCUUCUGUGUUUGUGUGAGAGAGAGACAGAGGCAAUCCCUUUACGGAAGGGAGGAGAGAAGCUUGUGGAGGGAAAGAGAGAGAAGCAACUCUGUUUCAACCAGGAGGAGGACGGCAGUAACAACAACAACGCAGCGAUGAGAGGUAAACUCACUCUGCUCGCUCUGACAGCAGACUUGCAGAACUGAUGUACAGCACAGUACAGACUGUGGACUCUAAAGUAAAAUUCCAAAGUCUGUGUGUGUAUGUUUGUGUGUUUAAGACUCAAUGCCCUCAAACGCUGCUUAGAGGACUCUUUAAGAUAAAACUCUCUCAGCUGACUUUGGAGAAACGGCUCAGUCAGGUCAGUGUGUAUUGAGAUACAACUUUGCCAAAACUGAGUCACUACUAGGUUCAGGGGGUUAGACCUCAGGAGAGGCGGUGACUUUCUGUCAGGCUGUCAGGUGAAGCUGGGCACCAGCGAGCAGCGCAAUAAAGCAGCAUCACUGAACUGAAGCAGCCAGCAGUCAGCCUGUGAGGUGGAAGCCAGUCAGUGAGAACACAGCCAGGCUGUUUCAGUCAGCCACUGAGGGGAACCAUGCCAAAGGACUUCCAGACAUAAAAAAACUGUGCCCCCGUUGGGAUUGCGGUGGCAUUCAACCAAGGAAGUGACAGGCGGACAUAAACUCUCCAACCCGGACUAUCGGCGGCAGGAGCAGUGGUGGUGGCAUCUGACCACGCGUGCCACCUCUGUGUGUGGCAGGAAUGCGGCGCGACAGGAUCCUGGUGGCCUCCACGCUGGCGUUCUUCCUGGCGGUGGACGUCUACUUUGUGCUGCUGCCCAGGCUGAGGGAGAGGUACCCACUGCCCGGGGAGAGGUGCGCGUGCCCACGCCACGGCACCAACGGCACUCUAGGGGGUAACAGCAGCGCCAACGCUGCCGCCGGCCCCCUGUCGUGGGUGAGCUAUGGCAAUGGGAUUGGCACGGCGACGGCGAUGGAGGCCGCGGAGAUGGGGGGUUCCAGGCUGGAGAGGCUGUUUGCCCAUCCGCUCUACAACAUGCAGCUGCCGGAGAUGAGAGCUGAAGAGGUGCUGCUGCAGCCUGGCGAGCUCAUGGAGUACUACAGGAGGAAGGUGGCACGCUGGGAGAGGCAGCAGAGGCACUACAGUGAUGCCGCCUUGGCCGCCAACCUGUCCCUGGUUCAACAGCCCAUAACCUUUGACCCCGAGGCCAGCUGGCUGAAAUUCCACCUGGGGAUCAAUCGGUACGCGCUGUACACCCGAGACGACCCCGGCGUCGCUCGACUGCUACAGGACAUGCGCAGCAGCAUCAUCAUAAGCGCAGAUUACACUCAAGACGAGAAAGCACUGAAGGGGGUCUGUGACUGCUCUCAAGUGGUGAAGCCCAGUGGUCAUCACCUAAAGCUGGCCUUGAAGUUCCAGGAUUUUGGCAAGGCCAUGUUCAAGCCUAUGAGGCAGGAGAGAAACCAGGAGACCCCCGAGGACUUCUUCUACUUCGUUGACUUCCAGAGGCACAACGCAGAAAUCGCAGCCUUCCACCUGGACAGAGUGCUGGAUUUCCGAAGAGUACCCCCCGUGGUCGGGCGACUCAUCAACGUCUCCGGGGAGAUUCUGCACAUCACUCGUAGCGAGGACCUGAGGAGUGUGUUCUUCACCUCUCCAGCAAACAACACCUGCUUCUUUGCCAAGUGCCUGUACGUGUGCAAGACAGAGUACGCCGUGUGCGGUCACCCGGACCUUCUGGAAGGUUCCAUGUCGGCGUACCUGCCCGGGCUGAGCAUUGCCCCCCGUAUCUCCAUCCCAAAUCCCUGGAUCCGUUCCUAUUCCUUUGCUGGGAAAGAAGAAUGGGAGGUCAAUCCUUUCUACUGUGACACGAUAAAGAAGCUCUACCCCUACAACUCUGGGAACAGGCUGCUCAACAUCAUCGACAUGGCCGUAUUUGACUUCCUCACAGGGAACAUGGACCGCCAUCACUACGAAAUCUUCACCAAAUUUGGUGAUGCUGGUUUCCUUCUUCAUUUUGAUAAUGCCAGAGGGUUUGGCAGGCACUCCCAUGAUGAGCUGUCCAUUCUGGCCCCCCUGACUCAAUGCUGCACUAUCAAGCGCUCCACGCUGCUCCGCCUGCGUCUGCUGGCCCAGCCGGACCUCCGCCUGAGCGAGGUGAUGCGUGAGUCCCUGGCCGGUGACCUGCUGCGGCCGGUUCUGACCGAGCCGCACCUGCUGGCCCUCGACCGGCGUCUGGAGAAGGUCCUCCGGGUCGUGCAGCGCUGCGUGCGCAAGCUGGGCGAACGGCAGGUGGUGGUGGCCGACUUCGUGGAGGUGCCCGAGGGCCCCGCGACACAACCACCACCUCCCCCACCUCCACCGAGGAGCAGGUGACGGAGGGGGGGAUGGAGAGGUGGAGAAGAGGAGGUAAAGACGGCAAGGUGAAGAUGUGAAGAAGGGAUGAAGCUGAGGAGAGAGCAAGGAUGCUGAAGAGACUUGGAGAGCUGGGGAGAGAUGAGGGUGUCAUGGUUACAAGGCUGUGGCACCAGUCUCCUGCAGGUCAAAGUUGAGGGUAGAGAUGGGUUGGUCCAACUGAGACAAUUUCAGUACGGAAUGUAGAUUUCGGCGAAGAUUCCUUGGCUCUAACCUGUUAACAUGGGCACCGAAAAUGAAAAUCAAGAGAUAAUGCAGUCUCAACGCACACGCAACGCAGCCAGUGUGCAUAAGGCCUAAGACUGCGGUACACACAAGGAUGUAUAGACAUUGUGGAGAUGGAGCUUUGCAUGCAGUGCACUGCACUCAUCACUAAACAGAGUAGAACAGUGUGAUGAGAAAGCAGCUAUAAUUAAGGAGGACCCUUCUCAAGUGACGCUGUUCGGUUCAGGGAUGCAUGAAAUGCAGUGUGUGAGAGAGUUCAACAAGAAAGACUUCUGCACACACACACACACACACACACACACACUCACUCAUUCUCUUCGCUGCACACAACUCUGCACUCACUCACACACUCUCGCAGUCUCUCCAAAACCCAACGAGGCUAAAUGUGGCCUCCAACAAUUCCAGUACUCACUUAAAAAUAAACUUCCAAAUUUCCCUCAGUCAUCUGAAAGACACAAAACAUCUUGUGUCUAAAAAGAGACGCAACUUGGGGCGAUGGUGGGGGGGGGGGGGGG